AUUAGUGGGAAAAGGGCUUCCUGUAACUGCGUAUCGCACAGAUAAAUGGAGUAACGGAAAGGAGGGAGGGGGCGCAGAAAACUUAACACGGUGCUCAAUUGAUGGUCACUCAACUCCAGUGGACUUUCCGCACCGGGGUGCCUAUAACGUGUCCUAUUAUUAUCCCAGAAACGGCGAAGUAACCCACGAGGGACAGGUGGCCGCGUCCACCAGACAGAAUAAAAAGUGGGCUUCACUUCAAAGCGACUUACACGAGACUUGAGCGAGGACGCAAACAGGACCGGGAGCACCGGAUCCCCGAGCUCUGCGUCCACACUCUGUCUACUUUCAGCUGCUGUUUUGAGGAUGACCACAGCCGCUCAGCCUUUUCCUGUAGCCUUGAUGUUUUCUUCAUACGCGUAUAAGCAAAGGGACAUAUUUCUGGCCGAGAAAAGAGGGAAGUAAAGUUGCGUUCGGUUCCUUUUUAUUUUCAUCAUUGCUGGACGCACGGGAGCGGGACGUGAUCAUUCAGCGUUGGAAGAGGUUCACAGACCCGCAGGUAAUAAGAAAUUUUAAUCAUCCUUUAACUUAUUCUUUCCUAUAAUGGCUUUUUUUCUCUCUUUACAAUGCUGUUGACAUGUUCUGAGGUUUGUCUUUGCGCGCAUCUUAAUACAGUUUUCAAAUUUAUUGAGGAUGUCAUGGAUGGAUCAUUAAAAAACUGAAGCCAAUGAUCUGCCUUUGGUAAUCUACUCGUUAUGAUUUAGGGAAUACCAAAUAGCAUCCAGGGAUUUGGCUUACUUUGAGAAUGAAAGGCAAAUCUGGAUGAACUGUAAUACUAUGACUUAUCAGGGUGUGUGACGAAUAAAAGCUUCGUUUGGAGGAUAGAUUGGAGUCUUCUUCAGUGGAUUUUUCUAUUAGGGGGUUCCCUAAGUAGUAAUAUAAAGCAGGGCAAUAAUUCUUAUUGGACAUCAGUAAAUGAACUUCAUCGCCAUCUCCACCUUCAACACUUUGAUGUGACGUCCUGUCUCGAUGUCUCGUGCAGGUGUCCGGUAAAACUUUUCCCACAGAACUGUCGGAGAAGGACUCGACUUUUUUCGCACUCUACGGGAGCUAUGAGCGGCCUGCGCAGGCACUUCAGCAUGGGACUGGUGUUACUGAUGUGCACGCUGACCGGACACUGCAGCGAGAGCGCGCCCUCAGUGGCACCACCGGCGUCGACGGCAGCGAGUAGAGACAAGCAACAGGACUUGAGGCAGAUAGUAGAAAUCGUAAAGCACGUGGAGGAUAGCAGGGGUCGCAUCGGAAAAGUGGAGGCAGCAACAGGGGCGAGGGGUCCUCCGGUAGAGCCGAAGGAUUUACACAGCUUCAAACCGGACAGAGAGGAUCAGGUUGUCGGUGAGUGAGGGUGUGACCCUUUUAUUGAACCUCAAAACGAUUCUGGGGCAUGUGUUCAAAUGCUAAGUCAUAAGAGAGCGAUGGGUUGGGAGCCGAUUGAAAUUAAAGGAGCAUUACAGAUUUUCUGAUCGUCUUAGCGUGGUAGCUUUGGAGACACAGGCUUAAAGAGAAAUAAAUCACAAGUUUGUGUUUGAAAAAUUUGGAAGGAUUUAAUCAGAGCUAUCUAUUACGAGGUAGAGUCAAGGAGAAGGAGCCUAUAGAUCAUGUGCCUAGUUUUCUAAUACUCUUGUGGAUUUACCCUGUGAUAUAAUUCCAAAUAUUAUAUAGAGCAGAUGGGUGCCCAUCUACGCUCUAAUAAAACCCAAAUAUCCUACAAGGGCUGUUUGAAUAACUGAUACAGCUCAUUGUCCUUCUCCCUACAGUUGUAUACCCAAGAGACCUCAGAAAAAAGGAGAGGUUGUUAAAACAUAUUACAGGUAUGUUCUGGAUGCAAAUUUCUGUCAAUAGUUUCAAAAGACUGUAAAAAAUGUAAAUGAUAACGCUGCACAGAAAUCAAAUUAAGGAUACCAGAGCAUGUGUCUGUGAGGCUGUACAUGUUCUUACAGUCCUCUUUCUUCUUCUUCUUCCUCUCCAGGUCCGCUAUACUUCAGCCCAAAGUGCAGGAAGCUUGUAUACAGGCUCUAUCACUACACUAGAGAUUGCACUAUACCUGCAUGUAAGCUUCAAUUUAACUGUGAGAAACGACUCUAUUUGUGAAACACACUCCACUCAUCCAUGUUUUUGUCUUUUCUUCAGUCUUCAGAAGAUGUGCACGGCUCCUCACAAGGCUUGCCGGCAGUCCAAUGUGCACAGAGGGGUAGCACACACAAGGUACUGUUUUAUAUGCGACUCUAACUCGUGUUUUUUUUUAUAUUAUUUGAGAGAGGAUGUGUGUACAUGGUUAAAGAGUUGGUGUGUUGCACAUCUCUAAUACAACAGGAUCAGCAUGGACAAAAGCAGAUCACUGUAUCCAAAUGUUUAAACAAGAAAAAAAACACUAUGAUAAUUAAAAAUUUUAAGUCAUAAGGUGCUGUAAACUCAAAUUUAGAAACAUUUGAAGUACAAAUACUUGGCUCAAGUACCAUGCUAGAAUCUUUUGUAUUAAUUUUGGCACCCCCUAUGGACUAGUCAAGACACUGAAUUUCUUUGCUGAUUAUGUGUUUUGCAUCUAGAAACAGGUUUUUGGGGCAUUUUUUACUUCAUAAGACAGGACAACAGAAGAGAAGACUAUGGCCUCUGUAUAUGUGGCACGCUUAAAUCGUCGUCCGUUGAAUCAGUUCAAAAAAACAAGUCCCCUGUCUUUUUCUUCAGCUUUUAACAGUCAAAGACAGAUAAAAGGGCAGUUUUGGCAGCAAGCAGUUGCAUUUUCCUGCAUUAGAAGUUUCAGGCAUAAAAGAUUAUGAUAAGCAAAUGAGAAGUCCUAUUCGUUUUAAUUUUGCUGGCUUUUUAGGUCAUAUACAAAUACCAGCAUAAAUAUCAAGCUAUAAAUCCCUCACAAGAGCUUCGGUGUGAAACAUUUAAAUUUAGAGCCUGUGUUUCAAAUAUUCAAUAGUCUUUUCUCAAGUUUAAUUGGCAAAGCAGUUAGCUAUUCUAGUGUAUAUUAACCAAUAUGUAAUUCCCUAAAUAUUGCAUUUUUGAGGGGCAUUUUCAUGAAUCGUCAAAGUUACUUGAACACCUUUAUCUGAGCAUCUUAUGUAGAUAUGUUUUGUGUCGCAUACCAAUUUUACAAUGAAAACAUUACUUUAUCAAAAUGUUGAUUUAUGAGAUAUACCAACCAACAGCUUAAAAUCACCUCCACAGCUUGUACAGCAUUAUGGGGUCACUUCACCUUUUCAGGACCUUUGUGCUCUAUGUUACUGUGAACAUAUUAGUAAAGUUUAAAAAGUAAAAACCUUAAUGCUGGACUUGAGUUUGUUUACAAGUCUUCUUUUGUGUCAGUACUGCCACUCAAGUAAAAGAUCUGAACAAAGAGUGAAAAUUAGGAUCAAAUCCACCGAUGUCCACUGUGUAAAGUCAAUGUUUUGAAGACUGAGACAAACAUUCGCAUUAGUGAUAUGCAUACUGGGCUGAUACACCCAGUCCCAGCAGUAGCACAGCAGGGGCAUCAGAUCUGUGGCAAAUCAAGUUUCUUGAUUCUUAUUAAAAUGUUUCCCUUUUCUUUCUUUUUUCUUUGGGAAUAGAAAGAAUUUGUCAGUUGCUGCCAAGUUGAACCCUGAGCUGAAUCCCCCUUCCCUUUCUCUGCAGGUUGAGGUGUAAAAUAAGAUCUUAAGGAGAAAGAAAAGUGCCUUGGACAGUAAGAGGGAAGCUUUGUACACUGAGCAGCCCCAACUGAUGUCAGGCACAGAUUUGCCCCUCAGUGAGGUCUGCAAUGCUGGGCGUGGAUUUACUGCCACCCCCUUUCUGGCUGGGCCCCGAUGGUCAGCUUUCACCACAUGGAAGAACUAGACCAAGACAAAGAUGGCAGCAAUCAAGAGUGGACAGCUAAGUGAAAGAGAGAGACAUGCAUGGGGAUUUUUUUCCCCUGCUGCCAUCCAAAUAUUUGCUGAAACAAAUGAAAAGGGAUUGCAUAUUUUCAUUUUGAUAAUUUCUUUCUUUGGCGAAAGAGCAAAAUCCAAAUGUAGCUACUGUUUUUAGCAUGACUAGAAGGCCCAUCCCUUCUUCUGCACAACCCAUAAAGCAGACAAAUAGUUGCCACAGACCCCUGCCGGCAGUUGGUGACAAGCUUUCGCCCAGUUGUACUCACACUGAAAAAGAACUCUGUCAAUUAUCGAUUUUCUGAACACAUCUCUGUGACUUUGUGGAGACAUGCUCAAAAAGAGGAGGUGGUGGUGGUGGUAGUAAACCACAACCCUCCCAUGGAUCUUUGUCAAGUGUGGUAUCAGUCUAUAUUUAUAUAUUUGAGUUCUCACAAGGGUUCCACUGUACCUAAUAAAUGCCACGGUCACAUACAACAAGAGAAAAAUGUACAUACUGUAAAGCAAAGUAUAUGAGGAAUCCACCUAUCUACCUUAAAUUAAAGUGACUGGCAUUUAUCAAGCGGCUGUUAAAUACAUCUAUAUAUAUGAAUAUAUGAAAAUGAAAUAUAUUUAAAUAAAUUAUAAGAUUGAUACAAAAAUGAAUGGUCUGUUUGUCUCAUGCAGGAGUUUCCAUGAACAAGCCCAAGGCAGUUUAAGUUCUCAGUUUACAUAAGCAAUUAUCAGAUUAUUAUUAUUAUUAUUAUUAUUAUUAUCAGAUUGUGGUUAAGAACAUAUGAUGAAGUCAUACAAGCAAGGUCAGGUCGCCAAAUUCCAAAACCUCUUAUUUUCUGACUUUAUCAAACAUUUGAUAACAUGUGUUUGACACCUCUUCAGCAACACCAAAAUAAUGGAGGUAAAUGGACUUAAAUUUAAGGUACAUGAAUAUUACAUAUCCUGUUUUAUGUGUUAUAUAGUGGAAUGUUAGUAAAAGCAAUCUGUGUUUUACACCAA